AUGUGGGUCAUGCAAAGACUCCGGCAGUAUACUCUCUACCACACAAUCCACUUUUUGUCAAAGACGGAUCCCCUCAAGUACUUGCUGGACAGUCCGUCCUCCAUGAGGAACAUAGCAAAAUGGCAUUGUCAAUUGACGGAGUAUGACAUGGAGUAUGUGUCAUGCACAUCAGUGAAGGGCCAAGCAAUAGCAGAUCAUCUAGUAGAGUUCUCGAUCGAUGAUGACACAUCGAUCAACUCUGACUUUCCAGAUGAAUGGAUCCUCCAAGUAGACGAUGAAGAGGAGAGUCCUAGUUGGAAGAUGUACUUUGACGGCGCAGUCAAUUCCACCGGGUCUAGUAUCGACGCAGUGUUGAUAGCCCUUGAAGGGCGUCAUUUCUCUGUUGCAGCGAAGAUUGAUUUUCCCUGCACCAGCAACGUACCUGAAUACGAAGCGUGUAUCCUCAGCUUGCAGGCGACAAUCGACCUCAAAUUCAAGGAGCUAGAAGUGUUUGGCGAUUCCAUGCUCACAAUCUUUCAGACGCUCAAGCAGUGGAAGACGAAGGAUCUACAGUUGGUGUCGUAUCACGAGUACCUCGAAGAGUUGACAGAGAACUUCGAGAAUAUCUUGCUCACAUACAUACCACACAUGAAGAACCAGUUUGCUUACGCACUCGCAACGCUCGCAUCCAUGGUGAGCAUUACGAAGGAGAAUCUCAUCAAGUCCCUCGAAUUUGAGAUUGCCAAGGCCUUGCCCACUGCGACGUGA